AUGACCCUUUUAUCAGAGGACCAGUCAGCGAGGCCCCAACCUUGCCAGCUCUCAGAGCCUGGCAAACACAUCAGCAAUUCUUUGUACCCAACAGACUGCAUUAGUUCCAAAGAGGACUAUGUGGACAGUGAGGAGAUUGCUGUGUUCGGAGCCGUAGAGCCGUCAAGGCGCUCAAGGGGCCGCCUCAUCCUUCACAGCAUGGUCAUGUUUGGAAGGGAAUUCUGCUACGCUGUGGAGGCAGCAUUCGUCACACCGGUCCUUCUCAGCGUGGGCCUGCCCCGCAGCCUGUACAGCUUGGUGUGGCUGAUUAGUCCCAUUCUGGGCUUCUUGCUCCAGCCCAUCAUCGGCUCGGCCAGCGACUACUGCCGCUCGUCGUGGGGCCGGCGGAGGCCUUACAUCCUGGUCCUGGGCAUCCUCAUGCUGAUUGGAAUCACCCUGUUCCUGAACGGGGAUGCCGUCGUCUCAGCAAUAGUCAGCAACAGGUCAUUGAAGAGUACAUGGGCCAUAGUGGUGGUGAUGUUCGGAGUCGUGAUGUUUGACUUUGCUGCAGACUUCAUCGACGGGCCCAUCAAGGCUUACUUGUUUGAUGUGUGUUCACAUCGAGACAAGGAAAGAGGUCUACACUACCAUGCUCUACUCACAGGUCUGGGUGGAGCGUGUGGCUACCUGAUAGGAGCUAUUGACUGGGGUCACUCUAUACUGGGCCAGCUGCUGGGCUCUGAAUACCAAGUCAUCUACUUCUUCUCAGCAGUGACCUGGGGCAUCUUCCUCACUGUGCACCUAUUUAGUAUACCAGAGCAACCUCUGGGCAAGGACCCAAAUGCCUCAGAUCCCUCAACCUCCAGUGUCCUCCGCCUACUGGGCUCCCACAGCAAUGGUUACGGAGCCCUGGCUAAAGAACCUGUCUCACAAGUACGUCCUGCAUCCAUCCCAGACCUCAGGCCUAGGUCAUUCUCCGCUCUGGGAGAGGCCAACUCAGUGACCUCCAGCGCCAAGCAGCCAAACAAGGAGGCACAGAAGAGGAUGACGUUCAGGUCGAUGAUGAAAGCUAUCAUCAACAUGCCAAACCACUACCGCUAUCUGUGUGUCAGUCACCUGCUGGGAUGGACAGCUUUCCUCUGCAACAUGCUCUUCUUCACAGAUUUUAUGGGACAGAUUGUGUACAAUGGAAAUCCCUAUGCAGACCAUAACUCCACAGCCUACGCCACAUAUGAGAGAGGAGUAGAAGUGGGCUGCUGGGGACUGUGUAUUAAUGCUGUGUCCUCUGCUCUAUACUCUUAUGUGCAGCGUGUUCUCCUCCCAUACAUCGGCCUGAAGGGAUUAUACUUUGUGGGCUACUUUGUAUUCGGCAUGGGCACCAGCCUGAUCGGCCUCUUCCCCAACAUCAUCGUCACGCUCAUCCUCUGCACCGUGUUUGGCGUCAUGUCCAGCACGCUCUACACCAUCCCAUAUAACCUGAUAGCGGAGUAUCAGCAGGAGGAGGAGGAAAGGCUGAAGUUGCGAGGAAGCAGUGAAAGUCAGCGAGGCUGCGGGGUGGACUGUGCAGCCCUCACCUGCAUGGUCCAGCUGGCUCAGAUCAUUGUGGGCGUGGGUCUCGGAGCUCUGGUCAACAUGGCAAGUAGUGUAAUAGUGGUGGUCAUCGCGGCCUCGACCGUGUCUCUGUUCGGCUGCAUCUUCAUCGUCAUCUUUAUCAGAAAUGUGGACUAAUUCUGAUUGUAUACAGUAUGUAUUUAAUGGUACUUUUUAAU